AUGACCAACUCAAGCCCUACCGCAGCCGUGAUCCACUGGACAGCGCCUGGGUCCAGAACCACGCCCAACGCUGGACACCUGCCGAGGUCCAGCCUCCAGCUGUGGACGAGGACGUCGCUGACUGGGACGCCGCCGCUGACUGGGACGCCGCCACCCUACCGCAGCCGUGAUCCACUGGACAGCGCCUGGGUCCAGAACCACGCCCAACACUGGACACCUGCCGAGGUCCAGCCUCCAGCUGUGGAAGAGGACAUCGCUGACUGGGACGCUGACGUGGACACCGCCGCUGACGGGGACGCCGCCGCUGACGGGGACGACGCCGCUGACCAAGGCGCCACUGCCCGGGGUGCUGUGGACCAAGGCGUCGCUGACCAGGGUGCUGCGGAUCAAGAAGCCGCUGACCAAGACCUCGGUUUGCUGAGCCUCUUCUCUCCGGUGUUCAGUGACGGCGCUAGCCAUUCCCAGCUGCCACUUCCGUCUGCAUCCGAUGUGGUUGGAUUCCUUCCAUCCUCUCCUUCCCAUGUCACACUUAACCAUGGUGGGGGUGCGACGGGAGGGUCACACCCCUCGUGCCCUGUGGAACCGCACUCCAGACGCCAGCGCCGACCUCCGGACCGGUAUGGUGACUGGUUAACCGAGUAG